UUCUUAGCGUGUUCCGAAGAUUGGCGUUCUUUCCAAAGCUCAUGCUAUCACCCUACCACAGAUGAAAAGAGUUGGAACAGCGCAAAAUUGAAAUGUUUAAGCAGUGGUGCCCAGUUGGUAAAAAUUGAUUCUUCUGAAGAAAACGACUUUAUCAAGACGACAUUUUUGGCUGACGGCGCAGAUUACUGGAUUGGAUUAACAGAUGAGGAGACUGAAGGAAGCUGGAAAUGGUCUGGCGGAAGCAUUCUCGAAGGAUUUCAAAAGUGGCAUCAAAGCCAGCCAACUGGCAAUAUUUGGCAGAAUUGUGGUGGAAUAAGAAUGGGAUCGUUUUGGCCAGGGAAUUUCGACGCAGAGUGGCACGAUAGAAGUUGUGAAGAACUCAGAGGGUACAUCUGUGAAAAAUAAAAUUUGGGGAUCGUUUUCAUUAUAUUUUGGGCAUUUAUCUCUCUCUUGUAAUAGUUUACUUACCUGCGUAUUCAUUUGUUCCUCCAAUUUGUUCCCUCUUUAUUUUUUACUUCUACGGGAGCUGAUAUCUGUUAUGACUAAGAAUACAUGUUGGAACACAAAAGGCCAUUAGACAAACCAAGUAACGUCCGUCGAAUAGAUUUGACUGAGUUUUCGAUUCUCGGCCCAUUUGUAAACUCACUUUUUGCAAAAUCACAACAAUAUUCGUUACGUAGUCGUGACGACAUGACAUUCACUGAUUUAUGAUGCUUAUUAGUUUCAAUGACUGAAGGAUGGGGGGAAAUGUCCAAAAGUUUUGCAUUUGUUUUUCAGGAGAUAUACUUGACAUAUACAAUUUUUGUCAUAAAGGGUUCUAUGGCAGUCGCACAAGAAGAAAAAACUGAGCUACCUAUGUGUAAAAAAAGCGGUACAGAUAUACAAAUCAACUCAAAAAUUAAUUCAUGACUGAUUAAAUGCAGUUAAAAAAAUUGAUGAAUCCUCAUCAAUUGUUUGAUGAAGGUGCAAUGACAAAACUUACCUUUCCACCCUUUUAAACCUAAAAAAAGUGUUCUUUUUCAUAUGAAGAGAUUUCUGUCUCAGUUUAAACUGAUGUCUUAGAAUCAUAAUAUGACUUCUAUUUCAUUGAUCAAAAGUGUUGGCGGACGUUUGUAAGAAUGGAUAGCGUUCCAUUAGGCUUAACAAACCGGGCGUCACUGGCCUGUAUGUGACAGUUGUCUCUUAAAAGAAGCACACUUCUCAGGGAGUUCAUUUUAACGAUACAUACUAAGUAUUGAAUUAAUUUAUCUUAAUAAGAGUUUUAUACGACUGACACUUAAUAAGGGUUAAAAAAAAUUGAAUAAAUCCUCACUGACAGUUCAAUGAAGCUGCAAAGACAAAUCACUCAAACACCCUUGCUUGAAGGCAAAACUGUGCAGUGAAUCUUCUUUGAUAUUCCUAUUUCACCUUUUAAAAUAUUGUUCUACUCCGCCUGAAAAGACUUCUGUCUCUGGUUGAGGUGAUAUAUUAGAAUCAUAAUGUCAGUCUAAUUUCAUUCAUUGAAAGUGGAAGCGGACGCUUGUAAACAGGAUUAGCGUUCCAUCCUAAUGCUUUCAAGAGGUUAACUCUAAUUCUAAAAAAUUUAUCUCAUCGUGGAAAGAAAUUUUAUCGUUCGUUGUUUUGCUAAAGUACUUGUUGGUCACUUGCGGAUUAAUUUCAAGGAUCUUGCUCUUAACUUUUAAAGCAAAGAAGAGCUGGCAUAAACGCAGUCACCAUGUUCGUCAUUUGGCGCUCACAUUGUGAAUAGAACAAAAUCAGGCUUACCAAAAACCCUCUUACACAAUUCGUGAGUAAUUACUGGAGAGGAAAAAAUGGAUAUUGAACCUUUGGAAUUGGUCUGGCAGAGGCAUUAUGACGAAAUAAACUACCUGGAGAGCUUGAGAGUCGAGCAAUUUUGUAACGGUCACGAACCGGGGAGGGGGAGGUUGGGGAAACAGUCAAUUGUCAGACUUGACAGUCUUGAUAUUUGAAUCAAGAAAAAAAUAAUGAAGGUAAUAGUUCCUACCCAAUGAAUGUAGCACAACCUAUGCUAACGUAAUUCGGUUGUAUUUUUGAAAUUUGUGCGAAUAAGUUCCAAAUCCAAAGAAAUCGUAACGGCCCAUCAGCACGAGGGAAUAUAUCAUAAGGAGCUCAAAGGGCUCAAAGUUAAAACACAAGUAGAUGACUGAAGCGCUGGAAAACGUGAUUGGAAAUGGUUUUGAAUUCGUUUGAUGAGUUUUCUGGACCAACCACGGAGCGAAGUGGAGCAAAACCAUAACAGUCCCGGACAAUUAUCUACAUUCAAUUGAAAACAGCUAUUACUCUACCUUUCUCGUCAUUAUUUUUAUCCAAACAAUGCAUCAAGUGUUUUUUCUGGAGGUUUCCUAAACUAAUCCUAUCGAAUGAUUUCCUUACCAUACAUUGAUUGUUAUGAUUAUAGGAGAAGAAAAUGCACAAAAAUUGAAUGAAGCAGUUUCUAUCUCUGCUCGAGCGACUUAAAAAAAGCAAAGAAAAAAGGCGAAGUACAAAAUCCGACAGAAGUAAGGGUCAUAACAUGUUUUUCUACUGUCUUCAUAAAAGUAUCUUUUUGUGCCAGGUGUUAACUGUAGGGGUCAUUAUAGGUUUUUUUUUAUUAUUAUACAAUAAUAAGCGACAAUAACUCCACAAGCCAUGGAUGUAACGGGAUUCCGUGCCAGCGUGAGUUUAGUUUACAAUUUGCCGCCUGAGGUUUUCUGUUGAAAGCAUGGCAAAGGUGAAUGUCUCGUUUUCUUUCUCUUAAAGUCAUCAGCUUAUUAGAGUAAGAAUACUUCGUUUAUUUACGUCUCAUGAAUUGACGAGGCUUUUAACAACUAUAAUAGUACGACCAGAUGUCAGUUGAAAUUAUCAAUUUGUGACCAAUGAAAUCGAAAUCUCCAGAAUCUAUUUCAUAAUUUUUCGAUUAGGAUUUUAAUUAUUAUUUUCCUUUUUAUCAAGGUAACUUUUCGUAUAGGCGGUUGAAAUCAGGACAGAAAUCAAGAAAAAAUAUUUCCGGUUUAAUUUGGUUGUCAUUAGGCUGCAGUGUCCACACAAUCCCAUUCUGACCACUGUUUUACACAAUGGGGAGAUGGUUUUAUUCGCGUCUCCAAACAAACUUUAUUUCAAGAGGACUUAGCUUAUUUAUUUGACUUACCUUAUAAAUUUGACUUGACCGUUAAAGGCUACCUCGUAAUCUAAUACUGUUUAUUUAGUCUAAGAGCACAGUGAUCGUAUUCAAUUGUGAGUAAUUAAGUGAGUUAUUUCAUCUCAGAGAAGGCACCUAAGAAGCAGCUUGAACAGAGACCUAAAUCCUCUUGCUUAAUUAACCAGUUUGUUCGAAAGCUACCCGAUCUGCAUUUCACUAGAACUCAUGAACAAACUCUCAAUGCACUUUAUUCAUUCCUUUCGAAAAAAGAAAACAUUACUCAUUACUUUACAUUUCUAAUUUGUGUACCUUAAUUUGUAUUUCACAAUUGUUUUACAUGCUUUAUCGAUUCAGGUAAUAAAGAAGUUCUCAAGAGGCUUUUAAAUCCGAAAAAGAUUGUUAUUGGUAGGAUUUAUUUAUCAGUGAUUUUCCCCCUUGAGGUAAAAUCCAGGGAGUCUCAUCGAAAAAAGGGUUGUUUUAUAAAACAACGAGUUUUUGUGAUGAAUUCUUUAUUAGCUCUCCUUACAUGAUAGAUAAGAGUUGUAACGUAAAACAACAAAUCUAAGCAAUAUAUUUUUUGCCAGCUCUCACCAACGAUUGCCGAACCAUCCAGUUUGUAACCAAGGUUAAGAUUCUUAAAAAAAACCAUGUUAUAAGAAAUAUCAGUGUUCGACGAAAGUCGCAAUGUAUGUCGCAGUGCUUGGGUGAACCCAACUGUGGUCCAUUACACAGUGAUACACCAACAUGUGAGCUCAAUAAUCGCACCCAACUUGCAAGUCUUCAGCAAAGCUUUUAUACAAAAGGGAGAACACAUCAACCAACACAUCUUGUAAAGAAAACCAUUAUUAUAGGGGCACUAUUGGAUCGACUGUUUUAAAACAAAUUUAAAGUUGCCUGGAACUUCACGGAGUGAAACAACGAGAAGCAACUGCUCUUUAUGGUGUUUCUAUACAUGUCACUUACAGGUACGGCUUUCGUGUAUCUUGAAACUAGAAUCAUUUUAAUCGGGUUGAGGAUGUAAUUGUGAAUGCUUAGUUCUUUCCUCACCUACCUUGUAUGUAUUUUUGUAUGAAAAAGGGUGCGUAAUGAUUGAUGAUGUGCACGAUAUUUUCAUUGAGCUGGUUUACUGUUUGUGCUGAAAUCCUGGUUUAAAUCGAAUCACACUCAAGUCAAAUCUGUGAACAUGCAAACGCUGUCUUCCACCUAACUGAAAAUUUUUUAGAACUCCUGCGAAGUAGCCCCUGUCCGAGCAACACAUUAUGUCAGGCCGGGGUUCGCUAGUGGAGGAUAUAGAUGUAUUUGCCAUAAAUGGUUGGAAGGAGGAGCUAACUGUGAUCAAAGGUAUAUCUUGGGGGAAGUUUAUUAAACCUAUUUGUCUGACUUGAUGGUAUCCUAAGGAUACUUUGCAUCAAACAAUCGUUUCCAUUCUUGAAACAAUUGUUAAAAAAUCAAUAAAUUGAUGAAAGAAAACCGAACAUUGGGAGAAAGACAAAGGAAGGAAAACCUUCAGCAGGUAAAGGUAAAAAAAUGAUUCGAAAAAUAAAAAACAAACCUCUAAUGAAUACCAACAAAGCGAAAACAAACGAAGAAACAACAUAAAAUAUGUAGGUAGGCAGCGCCUAUGAAGUAAAAUUAUGAUCAAGAACAAAAUCAUUUAUAUAUGAUCAAUCUGACUGGUAAACUAUCGGAGGAAACCAAUAAGUAAAAAUGCAUGCAAUAAACAAACAGACAAAUCGUUACGAUUAACAAUCAAAGGCUGAGCCCGGUGCUUUUUCACUUUAUGCUAACAAUAUAAAAAAACAGGUCAAGUUUUAACAACUUACUCGCUGUCCAUUCUGCAAUAUCAGAAUGGAUCUUUACCUUUUAAGAGAAUCACAUCUACUAAAAUAAUUGCAUAUACAUGUACUGACCGGUACUUCGAGCUAAGGCCUGUAAAACUGUUUAAAAACCUGUUUAUAACUGUGCUAUGUAUGUAUCAGGUUUCCAUUGUGUAUAUACGAAUUCUGUUAUGAUCCAAUGGGUCCUGAUUGGAACACUAGCUAAAAUGAUUUUUAUUUGAUAUAGAUAGGAAUUUUGCAAGACCUCUGGUCAUGUCCGCUCUGCUACCACCGUCGUGAGUAUUGAUGUCUUCAUCCAGAUCAUCAUCAUCAUCAUCUUCACCACCACUGUCCUCGUCUUCAUCGCCACCAUCACCAUCGCCUCCUCUAUAAUAAAUGGAACUAGACAAAGUCGAUUACGGCGUUUCUCAACGUUUAAAUUGUCUUAUUUGAUCAUUGAAUUGAUCUAUUCCUUGACCAUAGGCAGAUACAUCGUCCUAUCGAUUAUUGGUGGAUCACUUUCUAAGGGACCCGUGGUCCAAUGAGUUUAAUUCGUCUCUUAGGAUAAGGAUUUUCAAACAGAUAUAUAACAUAAUCGAAUGCGCAGCAAUUUGGUUAUUUGUAUUUCACGAUGGGCGGCAUUCUUUCCAAAGCUCUUGCUAUUACCUCACAGGCGUAAAGACCUGGGACGCUGUAAACUCGAAAUGUUCCGUGAACAGUGCCAAGGCGAUAUUUCUUGCUGAUGGGGUGGAUUACUGGAUUAGAUAAACUGAUGUAGAGGCUGAGGGAGUCUGGAAGUGGUCUGACGAGGGCAUUUUCACGGAAUUUGCAAAGUGUCAAAAAUACUAGCCAAAUGAUAACGGAAAACAUAUGCAGAACGGCGGUGGAAUACGAAUGGAAGGUUUCGGUCGGAAAGUCACGUUUUUAAUGUUUGUCGUGCUGAAGCACAAGGUGGCCUCUUGCCAAAUAGUUUCCAAGGAUCUUGUUUUUAACUUAUGAGAAUGAAAAUGGCUUUAGAAAGGAUUGCUUUCCACAUCCCAUAAGUCAUUACUGGACUGGACAAAACGGAUGCUGAAAUUUAGAAAACUUGGGAAGUGGCGAAAGCAUCGUAACAAAUUCACUAACUGCCUUGAGAAGCAAACACCGUAUGUCACGAAGAAUGUGGCAGAAUAGCUAGGCUGGUCUUGUGUUCGUUAUUUUGAUGGCGAACAGGGGAGAGGGUCAGUAAAUUUCAGACUUGGAAACCUUUAUUCUCGAAAUACGCAACUUAUGAUAAUGGUUUGUACUUAGUGCAACUGACACCACCACCAGCUGUUAACGUAAUUCUUUAAUUGAAAACUUCAAUUAUGUCUGAAAUUUGUGUGGAUAAGUUGAGCAUUUCAGAACGCAUUCAAUCAAAUGUCGUUAACCUAAAUCCAAAGUAAUCAUGAAGGCCCAUUAGGACGAAGGAAAAUUUCACAUGGAGCCUCUCAAUGCAAAAACCAACUCCGAAAAGAGGAAAUCGUGAUCGACCAAGUCGCAAUUAGUUUUGGUUUUGAACUUGAUUGGUCGAGAAAGUGCUGCGAAUUUUGCGACCCAAUCACGAAGCGAGGUAAAACAAAAACCAAGCAAUUCCAAAUUAUUUACGACAAUCAAUUCAUAAUCGCUCUAACCUUUCUCGUCAUUACUUUUCAGUAUCAAAAUAGUGCAUCAUUCUCGUGCUGUCUUGUUGAUUUGUUUCAUAAAAACGAAACGUUAUUGAUGUGCAAUUAGAGAAACCAUGCUAUUGUAUUUCUAAUAUUAAUAAAGACACUAUUUAACACUUUUAAAAAUAGAACUGAGGAUUUCAUAAUCGUUUUUGUUCUAAAGAGGGCAAAAGGAUGAUAGUGAUUUUUUGUGCGAUAUUAUGGAUACCAGAUUUAAAUGCGAGAUGAAAUUCUUACAGCAGCCAAAGGUUAUAUCCCAAGUUUGAAACAUGAUAAAAAUUAAAUAAUUAUACUGUUACGUUUUUUCGUUGUUUUCAAAAAAUUCUAACUGUGCCAGGUGUUAGCUGUUGGGAUUCUUAUCAUUUGUUCUCGCAAACCAAUUAUAAGUGAGAAUAUCUCCACAAUUCCAAAAUGCAGAGGGUUUCCAUGCUAACUUAAGUUCCGUUCGCAUUUUACCGCCUGAAGUGUUCUUCUGAAAGCAUAGCAAGGGCGAUAUAUCUCGUUGUUUUUCUCCUGCAGCCUUCAGUUUAUGCAAGUUAGAAUCUUAACUUAACCUGUGCAAGAAAAGGCGCAAAAACUCGACCAAAAAAACCGACGAGAGCACGCUUCGCCACUGAUAUAACAAACCUAUAAUUUUUCACUACUGCAACUAAAUGCCUCAAGAACCAUAGAUAUUCUGCGCGAUGAGAACUCAUGAAUUAAACCCUCAUGUAUUUUAUUUCUAUUUUAACUCCACUACAAAAAAAGGAAAAUGGGGAGCGUAAAUUACGAGUAGUUUAAAUUUUUUUCAAAUCUCCUCAAAUAUGUUGGCUUACAAAAUCUGUAUGAUUUCUCAAUCUCAAUCAAUUUUUAACGAUGGAUUAAACUUAUUAUUGAUUUCACCUCAUGUGGUUCAAAUUAGUGCGUUCUAUCGAUAUAAAAGUUAUACAAUGUAGUAGUCAAUAAACAGUCCUUGGCGAUGUAUUCUUUUAUAGCUCUCUCCAACGAUUGCCGAAUCAUUCGAUUCGAGCCCGAAACCAACGAUAAGAUACUUACAAACCAUAUGGUGAGAAAUAUUAGUGUUCAACGAAAGCCACAGUGAAUGACGCAGUGCUUCCUUGAACCCAACUGUGUGUCUUACAACUAUGAUCCACUACACAGUGAUACACCAACUGUGAGCUCAGCAAUCGCACCCACCUGCAAGUCUCUGGCAGCGAUUUUAUACAAAAGGUAGAGUACAUCUACCGACACAUCUUGGUAAGAAACAAAAAUUAAAAAUAAUUGUACUUUGGGAUCGUGUUUCUGAAACUAACUGAUCUCGAGAAAAUGCGAUUGGUGGUUUGCAUCUAAUUGGUCGAUGUAAUGGGGACAGUUUUCUUGAAAAAUCUGACUUUAAAAUAUAACUUUUUGAAACAAAAUUUGCUUGCAUGUUAUAUUCAGGUUUGCUGUAGUUAUCAAAAUCAUCUGAAUGACUUACAUAUAUUUAAUAAUUCAAUCAUUUUUCGUUCUAAAAGUUGAAUUAGUAUUCCUGAAUGUUCCGUUGUACAAAUACCUUCUCAACAUUUCAUUUUCAUCUUUCUUUAUACAAUAAUUAAGAUAUUACCAGCGCCCUUAUUGCAGCGGUGUGCCCAUAGAAGAUUAAAGCUUAUUUCAAAAAAAGGAAUAUACUGCACUUUCGGCCAUUGCCCGGGCAAACCGAUGGAAAGCGCAAUCUAUGGCUUAGAACAUGUGUACUGCUUAAAAGCACACAAUAUUUUCAGUUGGGUGGCUUGUUGUUUGAGAUUAAAUCCUGGUUAAACCCGAAUCAUCCUUUCAUUAAAUUCGUGAUUUCACAAGCGUCGACCUGAAUUCAUAUAGACUGAACUCUAUAAACGUGUUUCUGUCUUUAUCGGUUUUAGAAUUCUUGUGAAAGCAACCCAUGUCCGAGCAAUACAUUAUGUCAAGCUGGGUUCAGUGAUAAAGGAUAUCGAUGUAUUAACGUUGAAGGUGGAACUGAUGUUGAUCAAGGUAUAUCUUAGGGAGAAGUGCAAUAAGGCUUACGUUUCUGACAGUUACUUGCAAGAGGUAGCCUUUCUGUUGGUCAGGCCAUUGUUGGAUACUGAUAAACGAACAGUAAAAAUUGCGGGAAGAAAAUGAAAACAAGACUCAUGUUUUCUUUCCUUGAAGGAAAACCAACAGCCUAUAAUAAUUUGGCGGCAAAGAUUACAAAAUGAUGCGAAAAAUUCUUACAUAGACAAACUCAAACUAAUCGAAACAAAAGAAACGCAAACAAACAAAAUCAACAAAGGAACAUUUUUUCGUUCGUAUAGUAAAGUAUGUUUGAAAGCUAAUUUUCUAUUUACUUCCUAUGUAAGAAGUUUCUCUCCGACCUUUCGACCCCUGUGGGAUGCUUGGAAACAAAUAACAAUUCAACUGACAUGCACACAAAUUGUAACAAUUCUAGUUGAGAGACUGAGCCCGGGGCUUUUCAAUUCGUUGUAAUAUCAUUCAGGUUAAUGGAAAGAAAACAGCUACGGAAAACUGCAUUUUAAUCUCGCAAUGGUGAUAGGUUAUAAAGGUCCCAUACUUAUUCAAAGCUAAAACAAAGAUAACUUGACAUGAAUAAAAUUUGUUCAUGAUCUCAAACAGCGUCCGUUGUGUUGUCACCGUGGUCAGCAUUGUCUUCGUCUUCAACAUCAUCGCCAACUUCAGCGUUAUCGCUAUCUCCGUCGUCCCCGUUGAUGUCGUCAUCAUCAGCGUCGCCAUCAUCCGCUUAUUCACCUCUGCCGUCAAUGUCGCCUUCGCCUUCGCCGCCAUUGAACGGAGAUAGAGAGUCGUCGACAGAGAUAAUGCUUGGUCCAACUCCACUUGGUAAGGUUUGCAAUUUAAUUACAAAACCCUAAAUAUUUCAAAUUGCGUCCGCUGUGUUAUCAUUGUUUUUAAUUUUGUAUUCCUCGUUUUCACUUUGUGUAGUCGUGAUUUGCUUUUUUAUCGAUUAUAAAGGUCUCACAAUGAUCCAAUUAUUUUUCAAGUCAUAAGAAUGACUUAUGGUCGUCAAAUUUUUCCUUUAUUUCAGCUGUAGGGGAACCAGUUGCCUUAUACCCUUUAAAUUCUGCCUAUGGUACAAAAGACAUGAUGGGCAAUCAACCGGAUGGUAUUCCUUCCAAUGUGCAGCUUGCAGAUGGACUGGAUGGGGAAUAUGAGGGCUCUUACAAGUUCCUGGGUACUCAGAACAGCUUUAUCACACUUCCCAAUCUCGGUGGUUUGGAUGUCCAGUAUUUCCUGACGGUGCUGAUGUGGGUGUAUCUACAAGGGCAGGAUGGGCCUCUUUUCAACUACCGACCCUCGGGGGAUUGGAAAGUUCACAUAUGGCUAGCUAACGGAGGAAAGUUUUACUCCCAUAUGGUUAAACGGGGCGGGCCAAUGCUAACACACAGAGUCCCGCCCCACUAAUGAUUAGGCAGUGGGCAUAUGUAGCCACUUCCUAUGACUACAAUACUGGGAUUACUCGAAUGUGGGUCGAUGGUAUAGAGAUCGAUCAGUCACUGGCCACUAACUAUGACGUUAGAAUCGGUGUGAAGGAUGAUGAUGGUAGACGAUUCAAAGGGAGAGUUUCACGAGUGUAAAUUUAUGACGUGGCGUUGACUUUGGAACAAGUUUUAGCUGUUCAAAAUAGAGGGAAGGCUUUUCAGAACAAGUAACCUCAGAUCUUUAUGGAAGUCAGAUUGAUAAGUUCUUUCAAAAUUAAAUUCAUUUGGAGGGGCGAAUAAAAACGUCUUCCAUUUAUCAUGAUAAGGUUCAGAACAGGGUUACGUGGCCGCUGCAGCCCGUGAUUACCGGUCUAAUCCUAAAACAUUCUUUCUUGAAAUUUCUGUACUCAGCCUCAACCACCUUUUUGAAACGUUACUUUGAUAAAAACAAGGAACAGUAGGGAUUACAACCUCUGAUUAGCCCUGAUAAAAAAAAAAUUAAAAAAAUAUCGGCUUUGUUGGGUAGAUUUCGAUUUCAUCGGUUACCUAAAUGUAAUUGAUUAUUUAAUUGAUUUCUACUCAUAGUAUUAUUUGUGCUUAAGAGCCUCAUCGGUUCAAGUUAUGAGGCGAAAAAAAUGCAGAAGUGAAAAUCAAAUAAGUAUUCUUACCCUCAUAAACCGAAGGCUCCAAGAGAAAGAAAACGAGAUAUAUCGCCUUUGCCAUGUUUUCAACAGAAAACUUCAGACGGCAAAAUGCAAACAGAGCUUACCUUCGCACGGAACCCCGUUAUAUCGAUGGCUUGUGGAAUUAUUCAGGUGCUGGUGCGUGAGGUAUUUCGAAUAAAUGAUUAACUAAAUCGAUACGAUAUCUUCAAUGGUGUGGUUAAAUGUUUUUGAUAAAAUCCUGGUUUAAAUCGAAUCAUUCUUCACUCACUUUGUGAGAACAUAAACGCUGAUUCCCACUUAAGGUAAAAUGAAUUCUUACAUACAUUUUCCUAAGCCUUCGAAUACUUUUUUUUAGAAUUCCUGUGAAAGCAGCCCCUGUCCAAGCAACACAAUAUGUCAAGCUGUGUUCGCUGAUAAAGGGUAUCGAUGUAUUUGCCAUGAAGGGUUGGACCAAGGAGCUGAUUGUGUUCAAGGUAAAUCUUGGGAUAAUAUUAAUGUUGAAAAAACGCCGAACGAAUAUCAAGAAAGCGAACUACAACUAUGGUCCAAUACACAGUGAUACACCAACAUGUGAGCUCAGCAAUCGCACCCACUUGCAAGUCUCCAGCAGUGAUUUUAUACAAAAGGAAGGGUACAUCUACCAACGCAUCUUGGUAAGAAACCAAAACUAAUUAUAAAAAUACUUUGGGGUCGUGUGUCUGAAGCUUAAUACAAAGUAAACUCAGCGGUCAAUCAAAGUUGAUCUCGAGAAAAUGCGAUUAGUGGUUUGCAUCUAAUUGAUCGAUGGAAUGGCGACAAUUUUCUUUUAAAAAUAUUUAUUAACAAAGUUUGUUUGCAUGUUAAAUUCAGGUUUACUGUAGAUAUCAAAAUCAACAGAAUGAUUUACACAUAUUUAAUAAUUUUUUUGUUCUGAAGGUUGAAUUAGUAUUGCUGAAUGUUUCGUUGUACAGAUACCUUCCUAACAUUUCAUUUUCAUCUUUCUUUAUAAAAUAACUAGGAUACUACGAGCACCCUUAUUGCUCUAAAAAACCCAUCGUUUAUUGCACCGGUGUAUACAUAAAAGAUUAAAAUUUAUUCUAAAAGGGUAUACAGCACUUUCGGCCAUUGCGCCAGCAAACCAACAGAGAGCGCAAUCUAUGGCUUAGAACUUGUUUACUGCUUAAAAGUACACUCUAUUUUCAGUUGGGUGGCUCGUGUUUUGUGGUUAAAUCCCGGUUAAACCCGAAUCAUCCUUUUAUUGAAUUCGUUAUUACACAAACGUCAACUCCCAGGUACAACGAAUCAAUAGACUGAACUCUAUAAAUGUGUUUUUAUUUUAUUCUUUUUAGAAUUCUUGUGAAGGCAACCCAUGUUCGAGCAACACAUUAUGUCAAGCUGGGUUCACUGAUAAAGGAUAUCGAUGUAUUAGCGUUGAAGGAGGAACAAAUGUUGAUCAAGGUAUAUCUUAGGGAGAAGUGUAACGAGGCUUACGUUUCUGACAGUUAUUUGCAUGAUGUAGUUGUUUUCGUUUGUAAGACCAUUGUCAGAAAAUUAAAUUAUUGGAUACUGAUAACUGAACAAUGAAAAUUGCGUCAAGAAUAUGAAGACAAGGCUCUUGUUUUCUUUUCUGAAAGGAAAACCAACAGCCUAUCAUAAUUUGGCGGAAAAGGUUACAAAAGAAUGCGAAAAUUCCUAUAUAGACAAACUCAAACCAAUCGAAAACAAAUGACAAACAAACAAGCAACAUCAACUAAUAAUGGAACAUUUUUUCGUUCAUAUACUAAACUAUGUUUAAAAGCUGAUUUUCAAUUAUCUCUUAUGUAAGACGUUUCUCUCCGACCUUUCGAUGCCUGUGGGAUGAUAUGCUAUACAGGUCCCAUAAUUAUUCAGAGCUAGAAUAAAGAUGACUUGACAUGAAUAAAAUUUGUUCAUGAUUUCAACAAGCAUCCGCUGUGUUGUCACUGAGGUUAGCAUUGUCUUCUUCGUCAACAUUGUUACCAACCUCAGCGUUGUCGCUAUCCCCGUUGAUGUCGUCAUCAUCAGCAUCGCCAUCAUACAAGUAUUCACCUCGGCCGUCGUCACUUUCGCCUUCGCCGCCGUUGGUGUCAUUAUCAUCAUCAUUACCAUUGUCUCCGUUUCCGCUGUUGUUGUCGUCGCCGCUGUCUUCGUCAACUGAGAUAAUGCUUGGUCCAACUCCACCUGGUAAUGUUUACAACUUGAUUACAAAACCCUAAAUAUUUCAAACUGCGUCCGAUGUGUAAUCAUUGUUUUUAAUUUUAUAUUCCACAUUUUCGUAGUCGUGGUUUGCUUUUUCAUCGAUUAUAAAAGUCCCAUAAUGAUCCAAUUGGGUCACUCUCUUAAUAUAAUGUCGAAUGAUUUCCAACUGUGUCCGCUUUGUUUUUCUCGUCCUCGUCGGCGCUGCCACUGCUGCUUUCGCCCUCGUCACCGUUGUCCUGGUCCUCCUCGUCUGAAAAAUUGCCUAAUCUAACUCCAUUAGGGAAUUCUUAAACGCUACUAAUUUGAAAUUUAUUUAAAAUGUCCUCUGAAAAAAAAAAGCAAAUAAGAGCCACUUGAAUAUGAAGCAUGCACUAAAUGAUGUCUAAAACUGUCUCGAGUCAAGUACGAGUCAAUUCAAAGCGUUCCCUUCUUUUUACUUUUAGUUUUUUCUCUCUGUUUUGAAGGUUGUCUAUUGCCGAGAUCUUUUUCUGAGGGACCCGUCUCUUAGGAUAAGGACUUGCAAAUAUUUGUACACAGUGAUAUUGAUACAAAACAUAAGAGCACGCUUAGGAUAUCGAUUUUGAUUACAUUAAUUCAUUUAUUUCUUUUUCUUUUUCAAGCGUGUCCUGCAGGUUGGAAUUCACCUUCCCGUAGGCAAAAAGUCCUGGCACAGCGCAAAAUUGGAAUGUUCCUCAAAAAAUGGUGCUCAGUUGGUGAAGAUUGAUUCCUCUGAAGAAAACAACUUUAUCAAAACGACAUUUUUGGCUGAUGGCGCAAGUUACUGGAUUGGAUUGACAGAUGAAGAAACUGAAGGGAUCUGGAAGUGGUCUGAUGGAAGCAUUCUCGCGGGAUUUCAAAAAUGGCACGAAUCCCAGCCAAGCGGCAAAACUUUGAAGAAUUGUGGUGGAAUAAGAAUGGGAUCAUUUCUGCUAAGGAAUUACGAUGCAGAGUGGCACGAUAAUGAGUGUGAAGACCGUAGAGGGUACAUCUGUGAAAAGUAA